CGUAUUUUGAAGUCGGUAUACGAAGCAUAAAUAAUCGGAUAUGCAUGGACUAUGCGAGUAUUACUAGUAGGUAACCAUCUUAGGUUCUUGUACCUGAAUCCAGUUUUCUUCCCUUAUUGGCAAUUGGAACAGGAAACUAUGAUUCGCAGUUCAUUUGACUGGAACUCCAGAUUUUCGGACACUUCGGACUUGCCACCUCCACGGGGUUGCGGGAGAACGGCACAGAGAGAUGCCUUCAUAUGCCAGUCUAUCACAAGAAUUACUGAAAGUGGCACAAGGACCUGGAAAGGCGGAACUCGGUUAGCAGAGGAACUCGGCAGCGGGUUACGGAAGAUCACCCCAGAUGAAACAGAGGAACAACUGGUCAUUACCGGCUGCGCCUUCAUGGCUCAAGGGCCUCCGCCGCCACUUUUCAUCGUCUCUCAGCCAAGCCAGGGCCGAAAUCCCCUUCCGAACCAGACGCCAUCUCGGUCAGCGGUCGGCCAAUGGGAAUUCCCCACUAUGAGGGAAGGCAAUGGUAGUACUUAGUAUAAUAGAUAAAUAAAAGGAGAGAGAUAGACCGUCAGGAUGCACUGACCAUUACUUUGACUUCAAUUUUAGAGUUGUACUACACAUCCUCCCU